CAAACAGCUUUAUUGUGUGACGCUUUCGCAUCAGAUUUCCAACUAUCUUGUCCUAUAUCAUUUUCUCCAAAUAUAUAGAGACAGAAAAAAGAAAAAAAAUCUAAGUAGGCCCUAUUUUUUAUUGCCCCAAGGACCAUAUAAAUCAUGGCUUCCAUAAGGAACAUGUUAGAAGGUGCCGAGGGAAUCCGAGGAAAUCUAGUUUGCAUCUCAACCUUUCCCGUCGCCUAGCAACAGUUUCUACGGAGACGGCACCGCCAACAACGCUAAGCAACCCUUGGACCUAGAGGAAUAGAAGGGAUAUUUUCUUUUCCUCCCAAUGGGGGACUCUUGAGAAGUGAUCAAAGGGGAAUUAUUUGAAAGAAAGCUUAGUUUCUUGGGAAGGCGAGCGAGUAGAAGAGGAAAGGGAAGAAGCGGUUAAGAAAGAGAGGGAAAUACUGGUAGAGUAAGAAAAAAGUUGUACACUUCUUAAGAAUUUCCUUGGUGGCUAUGGAUCCAACGUGCCCUUCCGAGAGCAUUUAUAACCUCAUACCCUGUGACUGGAAAGAGCCUCGCCAGCUUCCUAGGUAUGCAUCAGUUUUUAAGGAAGCUAUAAAAAAUGACUUGAAAAAGUCUAAAAGUGCAAUGAAAACAAUGGGACCAGCAAAAAUUGAACUACCUUCUCCAAAGGAUUUCCUGAAGAAACAUUCAAAGGACAAAGCACUACCACCAAAAAAAUCAUUUGAGAGAACGUCAUUGCAUGUGGGCAAAAAGCCUCCUGUGCCACGGAGGGACGAACAUCCAGUCAUGGGAAUACAGAGUGGAAAAAAUUUUAUAAGCACAAACGUAGCUGAUAUUAUUAUGGGAGUCGCUAAGAAACCAAAACCGAUUUAUGUUGACAACAGAACCGGAGACAGGCAUAAUCUUGAGACCUCAGGACUAAUUCCGAAGUAUAUCAAUAAAAAGGAUUAUGGUGUGACACCUGAGUAUAUUUUUAAGCGCAACCAGGAAGUAAAGAAGGCCCAAGAGGAGUAUGAUGAGUACAUCCAGGAAUGCCUUAAAAAAUCGGCAAUGAAAAAGAUUUCUGAUGAAGAAAGGGAGGCAGUGCUACAGGGGCUGAAGAAGAACUGGGAAGAGGUGCAUAAAGAGUUCCAGUCCCUCUCGGUCUUCAUCGACUCAAUCCCCAAGAAGAUGCACAAGCAAAGACUGGAAGAGGAAAUGAAGCAACUGGAACAUGAUAUUGCUGCCAUCGAAAAGCACAAAAUUAUUUAUAUUGCUAAUAAGAAGUAAUGUGUUUUUAAAGGCACAAUCACUUUCAAGUAAGGUGGGGGAGUACACCAAUGAAGCUUAGUUUCUUCAAGAAGACAGACCCACCCAUGAAAAAAUUAAAAUGGGUCUUUACUAGCAUAAGUUGGGCAACAUUAAACGAUUAGAUUAUAGAUUAUUUCCUCUCCUGAGAUAAAAUUGUGAGUGUUUUCUACAAAUAAGUAAAACAACAAAUAAAAUCCUACUUUAAGUAUUCCUCUUUUAUUGUGCAUUUCAUUAUUGCUGUUAUGCACUUAUUUCACAUAAGUCCUGAAACAUAAAAUGAGGAGUUGGAAUUU